AUGGCACCAUCUCUGGAGAAUCGAGCCGUGGCAAUGGACGAAGCACACGCAGACCAAAAGCCAGACGACACAAAUGCGAUCGAAGAGAGCCGCACCGAAACGAAAAGCCAGGCAGAGGAAUCACAGCCAUGCACAUCGUCCUCCCCCCCGCACGAAGAUGCUGCGGCCGAAAGCGAGCAGUCCGAGAACGGCACGGAACACAAGGAGAGGGGAGAGGUAAGCGAAGGCGAGGACGAGGAUGAAAACGCGAAGUCAAAAGACGGCAGCGCAAAGGCCACGAGCGAUACCGACGCAGAAGCCGCAGGCGAGGAUGCGGCUGCGCCGCCACCUCUUCCGGACGAGCCCCUGCCAGAGGUGCAAGAGGACGAUGGCUGGGAUCCAAUGUGGAGCGAAGAGCACAAGUCCUGGUUCUUCUUCAACCGCUUCACCAAGCAGACGCAGUGGGAGAACCCACGGGUGCCGACGGCCGACGAAGCAGCAGCAGCCGCCGCAGCGACAGUGGCAGCCAGCGGCGGCUACAACCCAGCCAUCCACGGCGACUAUGACCCGAACGCGUGGUACGCCAAGGGCUUGAGCGCGGAGGCUGACGCGAAGAGCGACGUUGUGGACGGAGCCGACGAAGACGCCGCCAUUGCGGCAGCGGCAGCGGCGGCAUCUGCGAUCUUGAACGGCGGCAGCGUGGAGGAUGCAGACGGCCGAGGCGAGUCACAGUUCAGUCACGACGCCAAGGCGCGACGACAGAUGAACGCCUUCUUUGACAUGGAUGCGGCCGCAAGCUCACACGACGGGCGCAGCCUCAAAGCGGAGCGCAGCGGCAAGAAGCCGACGAGGGCUGAGCUCAAGGCCUUCAAGGAGAAGAGACGGGUGCGAAAAGAAGAGAAGAGACGGGCCUGGCUGCGGGACUGA